AAGAGGGAGGGAGCGUUGCUGGGAGAAGUCACUAUGGUGACAGUGUAUCUGGCGGCUUCUUGGUAACUGGUCCCAGGUCUGUAAGAGCAAUCGCCACCGCUUUCCUGGAACUUGAGUGAUUACAAUCAGGUGGCAUUUUUUCAUUUUGCUGGAAACUGGAGACAUGAGACUGAAGAUAUCUCUUUUAAAAGAACCAAAGCAUCAAGAAUUAGUGAGCUGCGUGGGCUGGACUACUGCUGAAGAAUUGUAUUCAUGUAGUGAUGAUCACCAAAUAGUGAAGUGGAACUUGUUAACAAGUGAAACAAGUCAAAUAGUAAAGCUUCCUGAUGAUAUUUACCCAAUAGAUCUUCACUGGUUUCCAAAAAGUUUAGGCAUAAAAAAACAGACUCAGGCGGAAAGCUUUGUCCUCACAAGUUCUGAUGGUAAAUUUCAUCUGAUUUCCAAGUUAGGAAGAGUUGAAAAGAGCGUAGAGGCUCACUGUGGAGCAGUACUUGCAGGAAGAUGGAAUUAUGAAGGAACAGCAUUGGUUACAGUUGGAGAAGAUGGACAAAUAAAAAUUUGGUCAAAGACUGGGAUGCUAAGAUCAACUUUAGCUCAGCAAGGAACACCAGUGUAUUCGGUAGCAUGGGGCCCUGAUUCAGAAAAGGUCCUUUACACAGCAGGCAAGCAACUGAUCAUUAAACCUCUUCAACCAAAUGCUAAAGUUUUGCAGUGGAAGGCUCAUGAUGGCAUUAUUUUAAAAGUAGAUUGGAACUCAGUCAAUGAUCUUAUUUUAUCUGCUGGUGAAGACUGUAAAUAUAAGGUGUGGGAUAGUUAUGGCCGCCCCCUGUAUAAUUCACAACCUCAUGAGCAUCCUAUUACCUCAGUUGCCUGGGCUCCAGAUGGAGAAUUAUUUGCUGUUGGAUCAUUUCAUACUUUACGCUUGUGUGAUAAAACUGGGUGGUCAUAUGCUUUAGAAAAGCCCAGCACUGGCAGCAUAUUUAAUAUUGCAUGGUCGAUCGAUGGCACUCAGAUCGCUGGAGCCUGUGGAAAUGGACAUGUUGUUUUUGCACAUGUGGUGGAGCAACGUUGGGAGUGGAAAAAUUUUCAAGUAACCUUAACUAAAAGAAGGACUAUGCAGGUUCGUAAUGUUCUUAACGAUGCUGUGGAUUUACUGGAAUUCCGUGAUAGAGUCAUUAAAGCAUCUUUGAACUAUGCACACUUAGUUGUUUCAACAUCUCUUCAAUGUUAUGUGUUCUCUACGAAGAACUGGAAUACACCACUUAUAUUUGAUCUCAAGGAAGGAACUGUUAGUUUAAUUCUGCAGGCAGAAAGACAUUUUCUUCUUGUGGAUGGUGGUGGUAUCUAUUUAUAUUCUUAUGAAGGACGUUUCAUUUCUUCUCCAAAGUUUCCUGGAAUGAGGACAGAUAUUCUGAAUGCACAGACUGUGUCUCUAAGUAAUGAUACCAUAGCAAUAAAAGACAAAACUGAUGAAAAAAUAAUCUUCCUCUUUGAGGCAUCAACUGGAAAACCAUUAGGUGAUGGGAAGCUUCUUUCUCAUAAGAAUGAAAUCUUGGAAAUUGCUCUGGAUCAAAAAGGACUUACCAAUGAUAGGAAAAUUUCUUUCAUUGAUAAAAAUAGAGAUCUUUAUAUCACCUCAGUUAAGCGAUUUGGGAAGGAAGAACAAAUUAUCAAACUUGGAACAAUGGUGCAUACUCUGGCAUGGAGUGAUACGUGCAAUAUCCUUUGUGGACUUCAAGAUACUCGGUUUACAGUGUGGUAUUACCCCAACACAGUUUAUGUGGACAGAGAUAUUUUGCCCAAAACAUUAUAUGAAAGGGAUGCAAGUGAAUUUAGUAAAAAUCCCCAUAUUGUGAGUUUUGUUGGAAAUCAGAUUACUAUAAGAAGAGCUGAUGGCUCGCUGGUUCACAUCAGCAUAUCACCGUAUCCUGCUAUUCUCCAUGAGUAUGUAAGCAGUUCAAAAUGGGAAGAUGCUGUAAGACUUUGUCGCUUUGUUAAGGAGCAAACCAUGUGGGCUUGCCUAGCUGCUAUGGCAGUUGCCAAUCGAGAUAUGACUACUGCAGAAAUAGCCUAUGCAGCAAUUGGUGAAAUUGAUAAAGUUCAAUACAUCAAAUCUGCAAAAGAUCUUCCAUCUAAAGAAUCAAAAAUGGCCCACAUACUAAUGUUUAGUGGGAACAUUCAGGAGGCUGAAAUAGUACUUCUUCAGGCUGGCCUUGUUUAUCAAGCAAUCCAGAUCAAUAUUGAUCUCUACAACUGGGAAAGGGCACUUGAAUUGGCUGUAAAAUAUAAAACACAUGUUGAUACAGUUCUUGCUUAUCGUCAAAAGUUUUUGGAGACAUUUGGUAAACAGGAAACUAACAAACGAUUCUUGCAGUAUGCUGAAGGUCUAUCCCUUUUUCUCCAGGGGAAAUAUGUAAACAUAGCACUGGCCAGAAAAUGGAUACUUUGUAUUAUGGAUUAAUUUUGCCACCCCCUCCCAAAAGAUACUGAAGUCUUAAUUCCCAGUACCUCAGAAUGUGACCAUAUUUGGAGAUAGGAUCUUUGCAGAUGGAAAUACUUUCAUUAGAUGAGGUCAUACUGGAGUGAGAUGGGCCCCUGAUGACUGUGCCAUUAUAAGGAGAAGAGAGGGGAGAAUGCCAUGUGACAAUGGAGAAAGCUAUGGUUGCAAGCCAAGGAACAUCAAAGGUUACCAACAAACAUCAGAAGGUAGAAAAGGCAAGAAAGGAUUCUCUCCUAUAGGUUUCAUUCGGAGCAUCAUCCUUCCAACACCUUGAUUUUGGACUUCUGGCCUUCAAAACUGUGAAACAAUAAAUUUCUGUUGUUUUAAGCAACACAGUUUGUGUUAAUUUGUUAUGGCAGCCCUAGGAAAUGAAUACAGUUUUGGUCACCAGGAAGUGGGAUGCUGCUGUAACAAAUACUUAAAAAUGUGGAAGUGGCUUGGGAAUUGGGUAAUGGAUAGGAGGCUGGAAGAAUUUUGAGGAAUAUGAUAGUAAAAGCCUAGAAUGCCUUGAAAAGAUUGCCAGAACUGAUGAUAAAGUGAUUCUGAUGAGAGCUCAGAAAGAAGUGAGGAGAGCUGUAGAAAAAGCUUCUAUCAUCUUAGAGAAUAUAUAGGUCAUCAUGAACAGAAUGUUACUAGGGAUACGAAUGUUAAAUGUACCUUUGGUGGCUUCAGACAGAAAUUAGGAACACUGGAGGAAAAGUGAUCCUUGUUAUGAAAUGGCAGAGAACUUGGCUGAAUUGUGAAUUGUUUUCUGUUUGGUGAAAAGCAGAACUUGUAAACAAUGAACUUGGAUAUUUAGUUAAAGAGAUUCCAAGCCAAAUGCAGAAGAUGUGGCCUGGUUUCUCCUUACUGCUUGUAGUAAAAUGCAAGAGAAAAGAGAUAAAUUGAGGAAGGGACUGCUAAGCAAAAAAGGAAACUAAUAUACUUUGGAACUUGGUAGAAUUUUGGGUAACUAGGUUGCACCUUGAGGAGACACCUAGCAUAGGUAUACUUCAUUGGCUAGAACCCAAGAAGGCUAAUCCUUUGCCUCCCAAACUCCUACCAGAAUCUUAGACUUUAUCACUCCAAUUAGAAGCAAGUCAUUCCAGUGCAUUUCAGCCCAUAAGGAGACCAAAAGAGUUUGGCCCAGUGUCUAGAGCAGAACUGAUUUUGGCUACCUUCCCUGAUCCUUCUAGGCUCAGACAAUAGGACUAGAACUCAAUUCUCUGCUUAGAUCUAGAUUCAAGAGGCUAGACUCCAAGAGUUGUGGUCUCAUGUUAUGGCAGACCUUGGUCCUAGGUCUGUGAACCAUUUGGUUUCCUUAGCCUUUUAUUCAUUCAUUUAUUUAAAAAAAUAUAUCUUUGAGUGUUCACUUUGGGCCAGGCAUCAUGCUAGGUACUUGGAUGAACCAGAUAUGGCCUCUG